AUGUUACCAUUAAUGAAGCCGCACGCUUGCGUGCUGAUAUUGGCCGCCUGUUGCGCCACUUCGUGGACCUUCAAGUUGACCGAGAGCCCGAUCCAGCUGACCGACUCCAAGAACGAAACAGCUGAAAGGAUGAUUGAGGAGGUGGUGUCCGAAAAUAUGCAGAGGGACAUGCACGACAUCAACGGGAUUCCGAACCCUGGGGGGGACAAUGAGAGCGAGAGCAACGCGGGUUUUGGCGAGCUCGCAAAAAACCUGGAGUUCUUACUCUUGAAGGUCGCGCAGCUCGAGACCGUAGCUGAGAUGCAUGAGGCAGCGAUCCAAGAACAAGCCAAGGUGAUCAAAGCACAACAACAGGAGAUCAAUACCUUGAAGGGUGAAAGUCAAAAAGACGGAGCCGUCUUGCUGCAAAUGGAGCACAAGGACGCCCAGGCUCGAUUGAAUGAGGCCCAGGCCCUGGCGAAGAGAGUGAUGCUAAAGCAGAUGCGCCAACGACAGACGCGUGAUUUCCACGAGGGUCUCCCAGUGGACGAGGCGCAUGCAUCGGAUGUUGAGGAACCGGAGGCGGAGGUAAACUUGGCGGCUGAGAGCGCGUCGUCCUCUGAGGAAGAGUCCGCAAGUUGGCCUUGGAAGCACCGCAGAAGAAGAUGGAACCCAGUGGAUGUUGCCAAAAGUGUAGCCGAAACGAUGGCCGACGGCUAUGCUGCUGCAAAGGACAAGGCAAAGUGGGUACGCGAGAACACCAUCAAUACCGUGGAGAAAGCCGUCAAAGUUCUCACCCAAGGCUUCUCAGAUUUUGGUGCCUCCUGCCCAUACACAAGACAUCCUCGUAUCACAAGCUUCACUUCUCAUGGGCUGUACAUCGACUUUGGAAGGUUUCAAUGCAAGAUCUCGCUGCUGGGGCAGAGCACGGGGUUGUUCGGAUUCAACUUCGGAUCAAGAUCCAUUGCGCUGCCUUCUGCACUAAAGACAGCAGCCACCAUUGGUGGUGAGCUCACAAGCUGCGUCAGUAGUACUGGGAGAACCGCUAUGCGUUGCCUCAGUGACAAGACCACCGACGUGAUGUCCUGGGCCUCGGUAAAGACGAUCGGCGGAUGGAUCCUCAACCCCGUCGAGGGCUUCCCCUCCUUGGCGACCGCGGCCAACCUGGGUGUUGAGCUCGGGAGCUGCAUGCAGCAGGGGCUCAAACUUUUCCGCUGCAUCAGUGACAAGGCGACGGACAUGAUGUCCUGGGCAUCCGUAAAGACGAUCGGCGGAUGGAUCCUCAACCCCGGCAAAGGCUUCCCCUCCUUGGCGACCGUGGCCAAGUUGGGUGGUGAGCUCGCGAGCUGCACACAAACCGGGCCCGGUAUCAUGUCUUGCCUCAGCGACAAGACCACCGACGUGAUGUCCUGGGCCUCGGUAAGGACGAUCGGCGGAUGGAUCCUUAACCCCGCCGAGGGCGUGCCCUCCUUGGCGACCGUGGCCAAACUCGGUGGUGAGCUCGCGAGCUGCACGCAAACAGGGCCCGGUAUUAUGCAUUGCCUCAGCGACAAGACCACCAAAGUGAUGUCCUGGGCCUCGGUAAGGACGAUCGGUGGAUGGAUCCUUAACCCCGCCGAGGGCGUGCCCUCUUUGGCGACCGUGGCCAAACUCGGUGGUGAGCUCGCGAGCUGCACGCAAACAGGGCCCGGUAUUAUGCAUUGCCUCAGCGACAAGACCACCAAAGUGAUGUCCUGGGCCUCGGUAAGGACGAUCGGUGGAUGGAUCCUUAACCCCGCCGAGGGCGUGCCCUCCUUGGCGACCGUGGCCAAACUCGGUGGUGAGCUCGCGAGCUGCACGCAAACAGGGCCCGGUAUUAUGCAUUGCCUCAGCGACAAGACCACCAAAGUGAUGUCCUGGGCCUCGGUAAGGACGAUCGGUGGAUGGAUCCUUAACCCCGCCGAGGGCGUGCCCUCUUUGGCGACCGUGGCCAAACUCGGUGGUGAGCUCGCGAGCUGCACGCAAACAGGGCCCGGUAUUAUGCAUUGCCUCAGCGACAAGACCACCAAAGUGAUGUCCUGGGCCUCGGUAAGGACGAUCGGUGGAUGGAUCCUUAACCCCGCCGAGGGCGUGCCCUCCUUGGCGACCGCGGCCAACCUGGGUGUUGAGCUCGGGAGCUGCAUGCAGCAGGGGCUCAAACUUUUCCGCUGCAUCAGUGACAAGGCGACGGACAUGAUGUCCUGGGCAUCCGUAAAGACGAUCGGCGGAUGGAUCCUCAACCCCGGCAAAGGCUUCCCCUCCUUGGCGACCGUGGCCAAGUUGGGUGGUGAGCUCGCGAGCUGCACACAAACAGGCCCCGAUAUCAUGCGCUGCCUCAGCGACAAGACCACCGACGUGAUGUCCUGGGGCUCAGUGGGGAAGAUCGGUAACUGGGUGAUUGACCCCAAGGAUGGCGUGCCCCCUCUAAGCCACCUGAACCACGUGGGCGACAUCCUCGCCGAUGUUCUCGAAGGCUUCGGGAAGGUGGCGGCCUCGGUGGCAGGCCAGGUCCUGUCUGGCGGCAGCUCGCUCAUCCAAGAGGCCGCACUUUCGAGGUUUCCGGCCGCUGGGGCCGCACCCGUGGUGCAUCACUCCGGGUCAAGCCUCGUGAUCACCACCCAUGCGCAAGAGCAUCGGCCGAAGAUGUCAGCCCUACAAAUGGAGGAGGCCGAUGAUGCACCUCCCAAGGGUGGCAUCGGUUUUAAGCUCCACAAAGAAGGCGGCCACUACCAGUCCAGAUUGGUCACACAGUUCGAUGGUGACGAAAGGGACACGAGCUCCUGCCUGGCAUUCGCCCCGAAGAGCAAGCACGGGGCCAACGGGCAGGCGACCGCAGCGGACUGGCAGGUCCAGAACGAUAAUGACUUCGUGGCACUGGAUUCUUGGGCCGUGCCUUGUGGAGCCGCAUGGAUGAAGAAGAACUGGGACAAGUGGCAAGGCUACUCUUUCUACACGGCAGAGGCGGCAAUUGAAAAGUGUGUGACAGUGUCUUUCAGCAUCAGUGUACAGCCCGUGGCGGCCUUUGUGGGGGGCGUGCAGUUCGAAUUGAUGCCCAAGCCGCUGGCGUCAGUGGACACGACCGUGUGUUGGCCCGCAGGGCGGCCCGACGGCCAGGACUUGAGUUUGCUGCGCUUGAAGAUCAAGUCCAGCGGCGUACCGCUCUUGACCAGGUCUAUCCGCCUGACCAAAAGGUAUGGUGAGCCCAGCGACUUCACGGAAGACCACGUGCAUCAGAGCACCGGAACCUGGAACCAACCGAGUAUUCCAAGAAAGUCCAUUUCCCGCACCAAGAACCUGCUCCAGGAAGCUCAGAAUGUCAAGACUCGCCAGGCACAGGCCCACAACCAGUCCGACAACAAGGCCCGCCAGGGAGUGUCUGAUUGGAUGGAAGAGGAGGAAGACCUGUACCUGGCUUCCGCCAACUAUUCCCAAGACCUGGGUGUCAACUUGACCUCAGAACUGCGUGGAACAGCGGCCGCACGCCGAUUGAGCCUCACUGCUGCCCAGUCCCAGGGAGUCUUCCAGCUCUUCAACUUUGAGCACCCUGGGGAUUUGAUGAAUUUCAAGCUCACGGCCCUCUUGAACGGCAACAGCUUGGAGAUGGGAGCGCAAAUGGGCUUCGGGCCUUCCAAGUCUGCGGAGAAGAGGUUCAAGCUGGUAGACAUUGCAAAGCAGUUCGCUGUGGUGCUCCAUGCCCUCCCCUUCGUGUCCCAAGCGAGCAGAGACAAGGCCCUCGAGGCCCUGAAAAGCUUUGCGAGCAAGGACUUGCCUGCUGCAGGGCUGGACCUUCGGCUCCACGGGUUGUAG